CGAGUAUCAUCAAGCUGAGAGUCGGCAACAGACUAUCAUCUCUCAAGCAAUAAGUUCCACAUAAAUAGAAUUAGAAAAAUCGCUUUGCACUGCAUAUGUGAAGCGUCAAUCGAAUAAAGUGCGAACGGCUUAGCUCCAUAGCAGAACAUAUUCUCAAAGACAGUUGAUUCAGUGAUACUUCAUACGCGAUGUUCGUCAAGACGUGUAUCUUCGCGCUGUUUCUCAAAGUUGCCUGCUGUGUACUGCAUGGUUGUCCAUCACAGCACAACACACCUGGAACUCAUUUCAUCCCCCACGAGAGUGAUUGCAGGAAGUAUUACGUGUGCGAGUGGGGUAUGGCAAAAGAACGUCAAUGUCCCGACCUCAUGUAUUGGAGUCCGGUGGUGAACACCUGCGUCUAUACGUGUCCAAGAGGAAACAGCUUGAAUGUAGCAUCGUUACCUUCUACUAGUGUAACUAGCAAACCUUUAGAACCUAUUGUAACAAGUAAACCUUUUGUUCAGCUCACUACAUCUCGCGUAAUAUCCACAUCGUUACGUGAUAUCUGGGAUGCUGAAGAUUAUUUUAAUACCGAGAGCACAGUUUCCGAUUGAGUUUGAAGUUACUCUUUGUGAAGAAAGUCCUGAAUAAAGCAUAUACGUUUGAUA